AUGGACCUGGCCGUCAGGGAGCGGCUGCUGGCGGCGGAGAGCCGCCGAGAUGUUCAGGCUUUGAAGAACGCUUAUGAGUUGAUCAAAUCAGCCAGUCAGGGAAAAUCUGCACUUGACUCAUCAGAUAACUUCAGCACAGACUUAUAUGUUUUAUGUGCUGAACAAGCAUUUCAGCUGGGAUAUCUGGAAAUCAGCAGUGACUGUCUACAGAUGUAUUUUAAAACAAGAUAUCCUGUGAACCAGUUUCUUGGCAGAGCGUAUUUGUGCCAAGGCCAGUUGCACACUCCACUCUCUACGGAUAAUUUGGAAGAGUUUGAAAAGUUUGUGCUCUUUUUUAUGAAGGCGAUAGACUUUGCCAGCCAUGAUCGAAGAUAUUAUUUUUUGAUAUAUAAUGCCUCAGUUCUUUACUGGCAACUUGUGAGGCCAUAUCUUAAGCCUGGAUUCCGCUAUUGUCUUAUUCCCAGCCUUUCUCAGAUUGUUAAAGUGUUAAACCAAACCGAAGAGCAGGACAAUGAAUGGAGAGCAGAACUCAUGAUAAAUUUACUUGAGUGCUUCCUCGAUGCUUCAAAACUGAAAGAAGCAAAAGAGUUUUCAUCUACUGCAGCAAUCUUUAUUAAAGAAAAUGUUCCAGAGAAAUACUCUCAGAUAUUUUCUCUAAUGGUAUAUCACAAACUGAUGGAUAUUUCCCAGGUAGAGAAGGAAAUACAAAAUUCCAUCCAUUUUCUGGUUAUUUAUAAAAUGCAGAUGUUAAAAUUGCAGUGGGACACAAAUGAAUUUCCAAGUGAUGCCACCGCAAAUCUGAAUUCUUUAUAUGUACUUUUGAAACAAUAUGAUGUACCUCCAGCGUCUCUUCUCAGUGUGAAGAUUCCUUUGAUUCUGGAAUUAGCUCGUUUUUCUAUGAAAGUAAACUGCAUUAAGCUUGCAUAUGAUUGUAUACUUGAUUUGAAGAGAGCUGGGAUUACUGAGCAAGGGAAACUUAUUGAAAUAGAAUGCCUGGAAUAUGAAUACGAAGUAAAAAAAAUCAGCACUAAAAUUGUGACGUAUACCAAAGGAGUCGUUGAGACUCAGCUGGAACUGAUUAAAAAUCUUGAGUUAACCUUAAAACAUGCAGUUCAGUUGGGAGAUCCUGAAGUGAUUCAGGUUGUUUCUGCAACCCAGUGGAAUCUGUGCUUACCACUGCUACAACGCAAUUUGCAUCAACAUGUGCGAAAGCCAUUGAUAUCUGUUGCUGAUGUCCUUGAAGAGAUUGACAGCAUGUUGACUUUGUUGCGUUGCCAAGUUCAUAUGGAAAUAGCUCGUAUUGAAGAAGAUGGGGAUAGAAUAGAGGCUGCUGUGGAACAUUUGCAAAAAGCUAUACAUCUAAACAACGGUGGGCAGUAUCAAGAACAUCUAAGAUUGAUUUUUAACCGUCUUCAUUUGCACACAAUGCUGUAUAAGUCACCUGAGCGUCUAGAGGAUCAGGCAGUAAUGAUGAUUGAACAGGCUAAAAGGGGAAAGCAGAAGGAUAAUGUGAGGAAAAAGAGGUCCCUUCUGGUAAAUGCAGGUCUUGCACUAGCUCCUGAUUCAUUUCAAAUAGUCCUUGACAGUGAAAAUGAAGCUAAAGUUUCCUCAGGUAAAAGUAGGAGUCAAAUAAGCUACCUCUGUGCAAAAGCACAACACCAUAAUAAAAGCGUGGAGAAAGUUGAUGAACAUUUGGAACACUUAAGAAAUGAAGGUGGCAGGGAGAGAAUUAUACUUUGGGCAGAUUUGGCAAAAGUUGCACGUAAACAAGAAGUAUGGGAUGUCUGCCGCGCAGCAUGCAGAUUUUGUCUCUUGUAUGAUGAUACUUUGUUUAGGAAGGUAACAAAAUCUAAAAAAACCAUGUUUCGUCUUUCAAAUCUUUUUCAAACUAAAGGGAAAAAGAAGUACUUGCCAGAAACUCAGGGCAACCAUGCACCAAAAGCAUCAUUAAUAGAAACUGCACAGAAGAAGAAAGCUAGUACAACUACGAUAGAUGAUGAUCAAGGUGACAGCUUACCAGGAGAAUCAUUACUACCUGCUAAAUCCUUCUCUUUUGAAAGAGAUUUACUCAGAAUAUUAGCAGAAAUAAGAUUCAUUAACGCAGAGGCAACUGUUCAUUUAUUAAGAUUGCAGGGAAUUGAACUGAAUGAUCAUGCUGUACCUCCAGAAGGUACAAGCCAGUAUCAUCCAGGAAAUGGUUCAUAUCUUCCCGAAAGUGAUCCAGAAUGGAAAACAUACAGUUUAUGGAUAGACUACUUAUCUCGGUAUGCUAUGGAAAACUUUCAACGUGCAGCCAAAAUAGGAGAAGAACUGAAUGAAGCCUGGAUCGUUCACAAUGCUGUGGUGUAUAUCUUAAACUACAAUAGACAUCUUAUCUCUUCAGGAAGACAGAGGGAAAUUAUUGAGUAUCUGCAGACUCUUCUUGGAGCCAUCAAGACUGUUGGGCACAAUGGAAGUACUGUGAUUUUAUUGAUGUUAUGUAAUGCAUUGGCUCGGGGCUUAAUUCUUUGUUGGAUUCCAAAGCCAAAACUUGCUGAGGAAAAAAAAAAAGAUGCAGCGACAGACAGAAGCAGAAAAGCUGCAGCAAAGAAACAUGAAAAAGCAAAUGUCAUCCAGCCUUUUUCAGUAGAUCCCAGUGGACUUCCUGAUAUCAAAGCUGCCUUAGAGAUUUGUGAAUUUGCCCUAAAUGUGACAACUGGAACCAUACCUAAUGAAACAGUACCUGUUGCUGCACAACAACAGAUCAUUGCUACAUGGGUGAAAGCAAAACAGUUAAAUCAGCAGCAGAUCAGCUGUAAACUUGGGACUGAGGAGGAGAAUAAUGAUGAAGCACAAAAUCCUAUGGCAAGAAUUCUUGUUGGUCUAGAAAUGUAUUCAUGUAAUGGCUUGGGUCUCAUGGAUUUCACUGUUCCUAGCUUACCUCAGUUAGUGAAAUUGGCUUUAGAAUGCAGUUGGUCAGAUUCCUUAGUGGAAUUGCAGACGCUGACACGACUAACAUAUUUUGCAUAUGUAUCACAUGACUAUGAAAUAGUGAUGACUUGUUCUAAAAGGAUCUUGCAAUCAGAUGAGAAUUUUUUCCACAGUACAGAUACUAAAAAAUAUGAAAUGCCUGGUAACAGACUGAGACAAGAAAUGUUAAGCACUACUGCCUGUAUACAAGGAAAGAGUAUAAUGGAAAAUUUGUCUGGAAGAAAACAUUUGCGUGUAGCAGCAUCACAAGCCUUUGUUCAGAGUGCCAGGUACGCAGGUGAAGCCGGAAAUUAUUCCCUUGUAAUGUUUGCAGCUAGACACUUUUGGAAUACAUGUUUACCUUUGCUAGGUUCUCCACAUGACAGAGAGCAUUUUAAAGAACCUACUGAAACAAUUCUUAAGAGUAUAAUUAAAGCAGAAUCUAAAAAUAAACAGGAUAAGAAAGAUAUGUUGCCUUUACAUCAGUGGAUUACAAAGGAUUUUCAAAGUGCUGAGGAAGAUCUGGCAUUAAGAACCUCCUUAUAUGUGUUGUUAUUCCACAUGCAUGCUGAUAAAGCUGAUUGGGAGACAGCACUAAAAGUCCUGGAUGAAGCUAUUCAAGUUUUGCCUCAGACAAGACACAGGCUCCUGAUUUUUAAACAUAUGGCUACAGCGAAGGCAAGAUUGGGAUGCAAUUUUCUGAUGGACAUUCAGAAGUUCAGAGAUGAAAGUGAAGAUUAUUUGUCACAUAUGUGGCGCCGUUUGGUAACAGUCUCCAGAAGUAUUGUUGGACAGUUAAGCUGUUUUCAAAAUGCAGUCAUUGCUUUACAGAAACAAGAAAAUGAAUGGCAGAAAGUUGAUUAUCUGCUGGAAUUUGCUGAAUGGUUAUAUUGUAAACAGUUUCCCCUCAAUGAUGUCAUUAAACCUCUGGACUGGGCAGUAGAUCUCUUGCUAUAUAGAAAAUUUUCCAUGCAAUCCUCACAAGCAGAAGAAAAUUUGAAGAUAGCCAUUGGAGCAAAUGAUACCAUGCCUCAAAUUAAUUUGGAAGAUUUGAGUAAUAUUAAACAAUUGGAAGCUUUGUUUAGAGCACAGACGUUAAUGGCUUUAAUUUCUGGUCAUAGUUCUCCUUUUCAUCAGCAGCACUGUUUGAUGGCAUAUGCUUGUAUCAUCCGUAUCUGGCAGGUAUCAUUGUCAGCAUCAGGACCUAUUACAAAAGUAUUAUCAAAGUCUUCACAACUUACAGCUCCUCAGAAGGUACAGUCAAUAAUUGCUCCUAAAAAUGAGAAGGACAGACAGAAAAAGAAACAAGUUGAAGUUUCUAUUGUGAAAGAGAAACCUAAAGGGAAAGGAUCAGUUGAUACCUUACCAGCAAAUGUGGAAGAAUGGGCUUAUUAUGACUGUCCCAAUGAAAUCAGAGAUACUUUUAAACAGAAAACAAAUAGUUGUGGUAUUAACUGGGAUAAUUUCCCCAAACCUACUUGCACUUUGUAUUUUAUGGACCUUUUAUCUAAAGAACUACAGAAAAUUUUUUGCCCCCACUUGAUUCUUCCCAUCUUUCAGCUAGCUGAAGUUAUUGCUAAUGAAGUUGUGGAAUGUAGAAGUCUGUCUGAUCUGUAUCACCUUCGAAUUGCCCUGAUAUGUUCAGACCUAAAACUGAGUCAGGCAUCUUUGUAUCAUGAGAAAGCUGCUGGAGAAGCAUACAUCAGUGAAUUAGAACAAGCAAUGUGUAGGCAAGAGAUUGCACUGAAAAAAGGAAAAGAAGUUUUUGAGUUAAAUGCAGUAACAGGAAAAGGACUGAGUGCACUUUCUUUCCCUUAUUUGUGGAUAGAAAAAGCUGAAGUACUAAUUCAGCUAGGCUUGUACCAACCAGCAAGAAUUCUCCUUUCAGAGGCUCAUGCUGCAACUCAGGAAUUGAGGGCCCUGUAUGAUGUGUCAAGGUGCUUGUACUUAUUUGCUGUAUUGGCUAACCUGGAAAGAAACCAUGGACAAGCUAAAGCAUUCCUUGAGAAAGCACAGCUUCUAGGAGGAAAUGAACAGUUUUGGUACAACAGUACUCUUAGUCUAAUAGAUGCAAUCCUAGAGGAAGAGGGGGAAGGAAAAUGGAGCAUGGCCAAGCAGGAAAGAAAUAAGGAAGAAAAACGUAGUCACUAUCUGAAUGCUUAUAACUUAGCUCAGAGAGCAGUAUCCAAAACAGAGGAAGUGUUUCAUAAUGUUUGUAGCUUAUUUGCAGUUAAUGAGACUACAAAUAUUAGUAUCCCAUUAAUGAGGCAACUAGCUAAUAGGAAAAUAAAUCUUGUAGAAAUUCUUUUGGAUAUUUUUCAUCUUGUUAUAACUGAGAAAAAACUUAAAGAAGUGGGAGAAGCAUCGUCUCAUGAAAUUGUGAAGGCAUUCAUCAGGGGAACUAUUGAAGAUGGUGCAACAGAACAGGAUUGGAAGCAUAUGGAAUGCACUGUGGGUCAUAUUACACUGGCUCAGUUAGCAAACAUACAGAAUCUUUGUAAAGGCUGUCCUGACAUCAAAUCCAAAUACCUAUAUCUCACUGGAAAAACUCUUCAUUUACUUGCCAUUAAUAUAGAUCCUGUACAUUCAGAGAUUUACUGGAAGCCAAAUGUUAUGGAAGAAGCUAAAUCAGACAUCGCAAAAACUUCCCUGACUUCAGCAGAAUGCAGUGAACAGGAAGUGAGAGACAGCAGUUUACGGACUAAUAAAUGUCAAUAUGAUAAGUAUAGGAGGAAAAUACAGGCAUUAAAGAAGGAACAUAGGUUGACUCAGAAAUAUCUUUCUCAGUCCAGUGAAGCUUUGCUACAGUGUAUGGGUAUUGCAUUCAGUCAUAAUAUUACUGAUGUACUGGCUCCUGCUAGUUUUGAAAUGGUCGAAUGCUUUCAACAAUUUGAUCCAGUUUCAACUAGCCAGUUUUUGGCACUUCAUCAGAGCUGUUCAGCGUCUAUGAUAAUGAAGAGUAUCCUUCUAGCAGCUACAUCUAACACCAGCAGCUCUCAGCUGGCAGCAUUACUGCAUCUUCAGAAUCAUUUAAAACAAAACAGAAACACAAGUGAUCUUCUAAAAAAUGUGGAACAGCAACUGACUGCUACUUCAAUGGCAUGGAGAAAUCUCUGUAUUCCUGUUGAACAUUUUAAUAUAAUGGAUGAAUUGCCAUCUAAUUUCUACAUAAUUAUUCUUCAGCAUUCAGAAGACAGAUCAAAUUUGUACAGUUCAUUGAUUGAGAUGCCAAAAGUAAGUACUGCGCAGCAAAAAGGAAAACCCACUCAACCAAAGGUGCAAGCUAAAGUUUCUCGAUUUCCUGUGAAUCCUGAUACAUUUUGUAUUUUGUUGGAAAAAGUGCGUCUUUACAAGCAGCAAAAGAUGAAGAGUCAUCUUAAACAGACUGUCAUUCAAAACUUGCAAGAAUGUGUCUCCCAAACAGAUACGACUGCAACAGAGAAAAUAGAUGAUAAUGGAUAUGAUUUGACAUCAGAUUUCUCUGAGAUAUUAGAAAUUAUGGAAGAAUAUCUGAAACCAGUGCUGUCACAGUUUGAUUUUUCUGAUACCAGAAGUACUAGCGCUGAUAAUAUUUUCACUGUGAUUCCUCUUCCCAGAGAACAGAGCGCAUCAGUUUCAGCAGCUGAAUCAGGAAAAAGAAAAUUGAAAGGUACACCUAUGGACUUAGGAUUGUGUGUGGUAUUACUAGGAGAUACAUUCUUUAUGGAAUUGCCUUUGGAAGCUCUGAGUAUCUUUAAAGGGGAAGGAAUUAGUUCUGUAUCCAGAGAUUUUUCUCUCCAGAUCCUCUACAAUCGAAUACAUCUGGCUGAGUCAGAUAUUGUGGACCCCUAUAAUGAAGGAAGACAGGCAGGAACUUUAAGUCCUUCUCAAAAAAUAAAGGAAAUCCUGGAAAAAUACCAUUACCUAUUUACACUACAGUGGGAAGGAAUUAUUGGCAACAUACGUGUUCCAAGCCAAGCUGAAUGGGAGCAGCUGCUGACAAACUGCAGUGCAUUUCUCUUCUAUGGGAUGGAGAGAUUCACGUCUCAUAUUUUACUCAACAGACUGGUUGCUAUGAACAUCCGAAAAUGCCAUUUGAUGAUACUUCUAGAUCUGGUACGAUCAAAGCAAAGUUACCAAAGAAUUACAAACUCUGGUAUCCACAAAAGUUAUCUACGGCUUGGUAUAGAGAGACCAACAGAGACAGCAAUGCUUCUAAGCCUUACUGGUGUUCGUUCUAUAAUAGCCAACCAGUGGUACACUACCUUGCAAGAGAAUGCAGAAAGGCUAGAAAUUUUGUCUGAGAUUUUUCUGAAUAACAUGUGA